AUGGAACACUCCUCCUCCACACUUCGUCCAUCAACUGAAAGCCAUGCCACAACUCGUCCCCCCUCCAGUACCCAGAAGGACGAGACGUACCAAUACAAAGCAGUGACCGUCAUUCCUUCACCUUUAAUGACUGCUUCAUUAAACUCUCGCCAUUCUGCAACUUCAGUCCAAGAGUCAACAUAUCUGUCCCAAGCAAGAUGGCUUCGCAGGAGUCGACUGGCCCUUACCGUCUUGAUUAUUGGGACUGGUGUUGCUGCCGUAGCAUGCAGUGGCCACAUCCAACAUAGCUACAAUUCUACCCAUCUGGGACCCGAAUAUCACUUGACCCUUUGGCCCAUCAAUAUCGAUCUGAGACCCAACCUUGUCAUCUUGAAUUCAGCCGCCAUCGUCAUUGCGAGCAGUAUUGGUUAUCUUGUGUUCUCACUCCUGCCUUCCCCCCAUUCGCGCAACGUCCUGUACAACAUCUUCUUCGCAGCAUCAUCACUAGUCGGCCUGGUCCUCGGCAUCUUCGCCCUGGCAUUCAACCUGAGCCUGACCAACCCCAGCGCCAAGCAUCAAAGAGACUCACUUCAAUCUUGGACCUGCAAGUUCGCCGACGGUGCUCAGAAAUUCGAUGCAGACGCUAGCCAACUCAAAAUUCCUGUCUAUCUCAAUGACGGCAUGACCAUCCCAGCCGGCUUCAAGAGACUCUGUGACGAGAGUGUGGUCAGUGUUGGGCUUGUCGUUGCGCUUCUGGUCCUUGAGGUCAUGGGCUGUGCUGUUGCUGGUGUGGGGAUUCUUCUGGAGCGUCGGAUGGCCGAGAAGCGUCGUAAUAGGUAUUAUGGCGAUGAAAAGAAUUGA